CUUAGUUAAUUAGUCUCUGUUGCUCUUACCUGUCCUUCUUCUUCCCCUUCCUCAGAUUUUCAUGGUUUCUCUCAACUCCAAAUGAUGAAGGAAAUAAGGUCCGCUUCGAACCCAUUUUUCCCUCAAAAACACAAAAACCAGGCCUUUCUCAAGUGCUUACUCUCAUUUUUCUUGGUGGGUCUCGCUAUUCGCCUUCUGUUGUCUGAUUCUUUCAGCUUAUUCUUAGUGGUAGAGACACCUCUUGCUCCGAAUAACGACAAAGCAGAGUCCCCUGUACUUUCUCCUCCUCCCCCUCAAGUUCCUGAUUCUGUUGAUUUUCCGGCAAACCAGAGCCAAACAUCCCAGAAAGUUUCAGAGAAAUGUGACAUUUUUGUGGGUGACUGGGUGCCGGACCCAUCUGGUCCAGUGUACACCAAUGAGACCUGCAUUGAGCUUGAAGAUCAUCAAAACUGUAUGAGAAACGGACGUCCUGACACAGGCUACCUGUACUGGAGGUGGAGUCCAAGGGACUGUGAAUUACCCAGAUUCAAUCCACAAAAAUUUCUUCAUCUCAUGAGGGAUAAAUCCUGGGCUUUUAUUGGCGAUUCCAUCUCUCGUAACCAUGUCCAGUCCCUACUUUGCAUACUCUCACAGGCGGAACCAGCUAUUGAGAUCUACCACGACGAGGAAUACAAAUCCAAAACAUGGAAGUUCCCCACUCACAACUUCACACUCUCAGUAAUAUGGGCCCCUUUCCUUGUAAAAUCAGCCAUCUUUGAGGACAUAAACGGAGUUUCCUCUUCAGAAAUACAGCUUUAUCUGGACAACCUCGACGACAAAUGGACCAACCGGUAUGAGGAUUUUGAUUAUGUUGUAAUUGCUGGUGGCAAAUGGUUUCUCAAGAGUGCAAUAUACCACGAGAAUGACACUGUCACUGGCUGCCAUUACUGCCCAGGAAAGAAUCUAACAGAGUUAGGAUUUGACUAUGCGUACCGGAAAGCAUUAAAACUGGUGUUUAACUUCAUCACAAACUCUCCCCACAAUGCUAAUGUUUUCUUCAGAACCACCACACCGGACCACUUUGAGAAUGGAGAAUGGUUUAGUGGAGGGUAUUGCAAUAGAACAGUGCCCUUCAAAGAGGGUCAGAUUGAUCCCGUAGAUGUAGAUUCCAUUAUGCGUGACAUUGAGCUAGAGGAAUUUGAGAAGGCCGCAUCCAUAGGAUUCAACCAUGGCGCAACUUUGAAACUUCUGGACACAACUUUUCUGUCACUCUUAAGACCGGACGGACACCCGGGGCCGUACCGGCAAUACCAGCCAUUUGCAAGGGAUAAGAAUGCUAAAGUUCAGAACGAUUGUUUGCAUUGGUGCUUGCCGGGACCGAUUGACUCAUGGAACGAUUUGGUAAUGGAAAUGCUUGUCAAAGGCAGAUAAUAUUGAAGCUCAACAAUGUGCUUGGGUCGGUGUGGCUUGUAGGAAGCACAGCUUUGAUAAUCUGCAGCUGACGCUACCUGCUACCUUGUAGUUUAUUGCAAAAUAUGACGAUUGGGGUUUGUGUUCAUCGGAGGAAAUGCAAGAAAGGUUUCGUUUUGGAGAAAAUAGGCCAUUCAUGCCUUUUGCUUUGCCUUGUUUGCAAACUGAAAUUUCAACCUGUAAUUUUAUGAAAUGGCAGCAUAAGAAAAUAACUGGCCUUAUGAGUUAUAGUAUAAUGCGCGGCAUUUUUUUUCUUCAA